AUAUCCUUAUUUAAUAGCGUAAAGAGCGUGAUAAAGGCAGUCAAUCGUUAACAGAUUUCACGGACAGAAGUAGUGUUUUAGAAGGAAGGUUUCAAUAUAUGGGAAAUGAAGUGCAUUUUUUUCUUCAUCAUUUGCUGUUUUUUAAGACUCGUACAAAGUGAUACGGAAGAUGACGGAUACUCUGGUGAGGUAAAAGAAUUGUUUCAAGAUCUCAAAGACUAUAAAUCAAACGUCCAAACAGCGGAACAAAAAAUGUUGCAAUUCUCUGAUGAAACCAUGGAUAGAAAGUAUGCAAUAGGACUUGUCAACUUAUACACACAACUAAGUCCUUUUUACAGAAUAUUAAACCAGGAAAUGCGCAACAACUACACCGUAAAGACUGAUAUCUGGCAACGAUCUGGUGAUCUAAUUAACAGGGGUAUUGACAUUCUCGGACCUACGGAGCAUAAAAUUGUAUACAGGGGAUGUACAGCACUGAAUGAGCGUCCUGAAAAAGGACGUGAUUUCAAAUUUAACCAGAUCACAAGUACCACAUUACUUCAAGAUUUGGCUAAACAGUUUGGUGACAACGUAUGCCAAAAGGGAAUUCUCUUUGAGAUAUCAAAUGUGUAUGGAUUAUCGGUUGAAAAGUACUCAGCAUUUAAACAUGAAAAAGAGGUAUUGAUAAAAUCCUACUAUGUCUUCAAAGUAAAGGAAGAACCUCAACAAACAGAAAAGCUUACAAUUUACAAACUUGAUGGUCAGUCAGAAUCUAUAAACUCGGGCAAUAGAGCACAUGCAGAAAUUCUAAUGCCAUGUUCAUUUGUUACCGUCUUAGUUCUAACUCUUGGUUUGUAAUUUACGAAUGAAAAUUGGUUUUUCUUUGAAUUAUAGAAAAUACUUUAUAAUCAUUUGACAUUUUUAAGAACAUUUUGGAUAUUAUUUAAAAUCGUAAUCAGUUUGCUGCAAAUAAGAUUUUCACUGUACAUUUUUGUAUAUUAAUAUGUUAUUUCUUUAAUAAUCUAGUUUCAUUUUUUUGUAUAUGUAACAUUUUACUAACUAUUUUCAUACAAUCAACUCUGAGGUAAAUUAAAAUAAAAACGAAAUUUUGAUGAACAUCAGCUGGGGCAAUUAAAACGAAAAAAAAAACAUUCAAAAGAUAGCGGAGAAAUAAACUUAGGAAGGGAUUGAAAAAUAUAUGAGCCGUGACAUGAUAUUUCCAACAUAGUGGUCAAAUGACGUAAUCGUAGAAACGCGACGUCAAAGUUGACGCCAACAUCUCCUAAUGAUAUAGCACGCGCUUUUCCAAUCACCACCAUGCAGGUUUAAGGUAACCAUAAUCUGGUCAAACUUAUAUGCAUAUUCUGCCAUAUUCUAUUUUUUUUUAAAUUCUUGACCUUAAUAAACCAAUUUUCUAUGGAAAUUUAUGUCAUUACACCAGUACACCCAUAACUGUUUUCGUACAGAAACAUAUGAAAUUACACAUUCAUUCACAACGGCGAAAUAACUUCAUCCUAAGCAUGCCAUUGUAUACGCGCGACUCAUCUGGUACCCCCAUGACAGAUGAAAUAUCCGGCAUGAGUAAAAUUAAUGGAAACACCAGUCUGACAUGCAAGAAAUACUCUGUCAAAUCGUUGUAAAAGUUUAUGCUUAUAAAUGAAAGUCUGGGUUUCUAUUUAGUGAUAUAAAACCCAUAUUACUUAGAGUAUAUCACAUAUAGUGUUGUUAACAUAGCUUUGUCGAUUUUUUGUGGCCUACGUAUUAAUUUUUCGAUUCCGUAAAUUUCCUUAUAAAUGUAUUGUGUAUCUUGUUCUUUAAUCAUGUUUCUUGAUUCAAUGAAAAUUGCUGCACUAAUAUUUUUUUCCAUCUCAAUUAUGACGUUAUUCCGCAGUUACACUCAUUUGUAAAGUAACAACUGCGCUGAUAAACCUUUUCUGUUAUGCUUCAACCCCUGUCAGACACUCGCUCAAACGUAUUUUAAGACUAUAAGAAAGUGAAUUACAAGGUAAUUUAUGAGUUGACAAAUCUAAUUUCAUCUGUUCUUACGACACUUGAUAUAUUGUCCUUGCAACAGGGAACACUUUCAGGGCUUACUGAACGAUAAUCACAUUUAUUCUUUCGAUUGUUAUUUUAUUUCCAGUGUCAAGAUGUUUUCCAAGUAUGUCUCUUUAUUUAUAUAUAUACAUGUAGUAACAUCUAGGCGCUGAUAUACAUUAUAUCAAUCAGAAUAAACACUUUAAUGAAAAUAGAAUAAGGAAGAUAUUACAUCACGUGUGUAUCUUUGCUUUAUUUAACGGAAACUAAAUAAUAAGAGACAACUGUUCUGUUUAGUGGAUGAGUGUAAGGACACUUGAAAUUGUAUAAAUCACGUCCUGUUAUAUAUAAAAUUAAAGGGAAAAAAUAAACUGAAAUAUUUUGCCUUGUUUUAUUAUAAUAUUAUUGCUGUUAAACUCGUUUAUUGAAAAUGCCAGUUUUGGUCACAAGUGGCUCUGAGUAUAUGACAUCUUAAGUUGUUAAAAGAAGCGGGAAAUGGAUGAUAUUAAAAUGAAUAUGUUUUUGAAAGAAAGAUAUUGUGAAGUGAAAAAAGGAAACAAUUUACACAUUUC